AAAGAUAGCUAAACUACUUGCUAAACCCCACUCCAAAGUCCAAAUGGGUAUCCUAUUCCUCCGAUCCCAGAGUUGCUCCACUGAAUACAGAUCACUCCUGCACAUCAUCACUGCCAUUUAUUCGUAUACUUUGCUUCCAGAGGCAGGAACCGCCAACCACUUCUAGCGCCUUCCAGUUUAUUGGUUCUUGCGAAGAAAAAAAGAGGAAAAGAUCGCACCUUUUUGCUGUUGCUGUUCCUUUCCUGUUCUUCGUUCAGCGCCAUGAGCAAUACGCUGCUUCGGGUGUACCCUUCAGAGCUCAAGAUCCCCUUUGAGGUCAAGAAGCAGCGGUCUUGCUGCAUACAACUGACGAAUAGGACCGAGCAGUACGUAGCCUUCAAGGUGAAAACGACGAACCCAAGGAAGUACUCGGUUCGUCACACCUACGGUACACUGCUUCCCCGGAGCUCUUGCAAUGUCACAGUUACUAUGCAAGCUCCUAUGGAGGUGCUAUCAGAUUACCACUGCAAGGACAAGUUCCUUGUGCAAAGCGUCAUGGUGCGGGAUGGGGCGACAAUGAAAGACUUUAUGCCUGAAUUGUUCACCAAAGCGCCGGGCAGGGUGAUCGAGGAGUUCAAGUUACGUGUAGUGUACAUUGCUGCUAAUCCGCCCUCACCGGUUCCUGAGGAGUCUGAGGAAGAGGAUUCAUCCCCUCGGUCAGAGCUGAUAGACCAUGAAGUGAAAAGAUCAUCUGUAUUAUAUGCUGCACCUAGAUAUAUAGGAGCGUCUGGAGCAGAACCUUCAUGUACUGAGGCUACCUCUGUCAUAUCAAGGCUGGUUGGAGAGAGAGAAUAUUCAGUAGAUGAAAAUAAGAAGCUUCAGCAAGAAAUGGAACUUCGUAGGGAAAUGACAUCAUCUCAACAGGGUUUCUCACUCAUGUUUGUGCUUUUAGUCUUCAUAUCAUCCGUCUUCAUUGGACGCUUGAUGAACGACAUCAAGGUUUAGCUACAUAAAAAAUAUCAGAAACAAGGAUCUGAAUUUCUACCAAUGCUCCAUCCACCUCCACCAUCCUGCUGCAGAGUUGUUUCUUCAUUCAUUUCACACCCGAGUACCCGACCAUACCACGCUCCCUAUUACCACAGUAUGUCAGUGUUAUAGAAAUAGAAAAGAAGAGAACAAGAAAAUUGCAUCGAAUUCAUGUGUAUAUGUUUUUUCUUUUUCGUUAGACAUAUGUGUAUAUUAUUCGUCAGUUAUAUGCCAGUUGCCAGGUUCACUUUAA